GAAGAGCGUAAAAAUCUCCCAGGAUGGCUACAAGUUUAGAGCUCUUACCAACUUGACACCCUGUGGACAUCUUGUCAGUUUCACGUGCUCCCAUUUGGACUAACAAAGCGGACAGCAUACUUUAUUACGUUAGACAAGGCUAAGUGAGCAGGUAACGCCUUCUCAUAAAUAUAUGCGCUAUAGAGGAUAGGCUAAGAUUAUGUUGUAAUAAGCUUUUGGCUAAACGAAGGUUAGUGGAACAUCACCGUUCUCAAAGUCCACAGCAUUUGGCUACGCUCCGGUUGCGUAAGGUGGCCAUUUAACAUCGGUCGCCGAGACUUGGGAUAAAUAACUCCUGCGUCCACAUGGUCCAACUUCGAUGCCAUCUUAAAAAUAUCUCACUGAAGUACUAAUAAUAAGCACCUGCACAGCUGGUUUUCUCUCUUCCCCUCACUGCCUUGUGGAGACUCGGACCAUAUCACCAACCCUUCCGUUCUCGUCUGCUGUUUAGCUUUUGUUUAGCCCUUUGGAGGAAGGAAGAGAAUCCCGGAAAGCCGAUCCAUUUCAGUGGAGAGAGAAAAGAGCAAGAGAAGGAAUCAGGAGGAGGAGGAGGGGGAAGACGAGAAUAUGGGAGACAAACGGGUGGCGGUGGCGGUGGCGGGGGUGGGUGCAGGGGAUGACGUCGGGGAAGGGAUGCAGUGCAGCGACCAUCCGUACCGGAGCAACCCCGGUGGGAUAUGCGCCUUCUGCCUCCAGGAGAAGCUCGGCAAGCUCGUCUCCUCCUCCAAAUCCAGCCCCUUCUUUGCUCCUCCCCCUUCCACCUCCUCCUCAUCCUCCCCCACCUCCUUCCCCUCCGACGGCCUCGGCUUCGGCUUCGGGGCUGGUGCUGGAGGGCUUGCCGGAUCCGCCUCCUCCGGCACCGCUCGAGCCGGUGCUGGCGGUGGGAGCCGGACUAGGGUCCCCUUCCUCGCAGCUGCCCACAAGAAGAAGAAGAGCAGCAGCUACGUCGGCAGCGGUAGCAGCAGGAGGGUGAUGGCGUCCAGCACCAUCACCUCGUCGUCCUCCUUCUCUGCGGUCAACAACCUUCUCACCUUGAAGAGGAGCAAAUCCGUGGCCCCGAGGCCAGUUGGGGGCCUCUCAACGGAGGUCGGUAGCGGCAUUGCGGACGCGGUGGACAGCCCCAGGAAGAAGAGCUUCUGGUCCUUCCUCUACCUCUCGUCCUCCUCGUCCACCUCCACCUCCUCCUCCUCGGUCAACAACAACGGGAGCAGCAGCAGCAGCAACAGCAACAGGAGGAGGUCCACCUCCUCGUCGUCAGGUGGCGGCAGAGGGGACAGGGGAGACGGCAAGCAGCAGCAGCAGCAGCAGCGGAGUACAUCAGAUAAGGCGCUAGCUAAGGAGGAGGCGAAGACUCCGAAGCGGGAGCUUGGAGGAGGAGGAGGAGGAGGGGAGGAGGAGGUGGAGAGCCCGAGCGGGAGCCAGGCAUCGUCCUCGUUUGGGAGGAAGGUGGCGAGGUCCAGAUCGGUGGGGUGCGGGAGUCGCAGCUUCUCGGGGGACUUUUUCGAGCGCAUCUCCACGGGGCUGGGCGACUGCACCCUCCGGAGGGUGGAGUCCCAUCGGGAGGCCAAGCCCAGGUUGUCGCUCCACGUGGACGAUGUCGACGGCGAGGUCGACGAGCAGCAGCGGAGGUUCAAAGAGCGGGUCAAGUGCGGCGGAUUCUUCGGAGGGUUUGGGAUGAUCUCCUCCUCCUCCUCCUACUGGCUCUCUGCCGACGAUUUCGACGGCAGCCGCAGGAUCUCCUCGGCUGCAGCUGCUGCCCACGGCGCCGCCGCACGAGGUGGCACGCCCCAUGGUCGAACUUGGACCUGGGCCUGGGCUUUCGCCAGCCCUAUGAGAGCAUUUAGGCCCGCCCCCUCUUCCUCCAAGCUCAGUUACCCCAUCAAGAACGGCGCCACCGCGGCCGCCACAACCAAUAUCAUCACGGCCAUGAAUGCCAGCAACAACAUAAUCAACGGCGCAGCGCUACCGGCAGCAGCUGCAGCAGCAACAAGUUGAAGCUUGCCAUACUGUUUAGUUCUCUUCCUCUUCUUCCUAAUGUUUACACCUAAAUCAAGCUUCGGACUUUUGCUUGUAAUUUCUUGAUUAAACAUCUUCAUUUUGACUGGUUACUUGUAAUUCCGAUUCAUCUAUAUCUGUUUCCAUUGCC